AUGCAAGCCAGGGACGCCGCGCAGGGCCUGACCGCGUCCGGCGCGCCCAUCCAGCACCAUCAGCAACGGCACCACUAUCAACCCCAGCAUCGCCUCUCGACGUCGUCGGCCGGCAUGCCCGGGUUAAGUGGCCCCGGCCGGGACCUUCUUGCCGCUGCUGCGGCCGCCGCCAACGGCCACAGUGACGAAGGCAGCGGCGACGACCUUGACGACGACCACGACUCCCCUGACGGCCACUCUUCUCGCCUCGGCAAGCGCAAGCGGCCCAUCUCUGUCUCAUGUGAAUGCUGCAAGCAGCGAAAGGUGAAAUGCGAUCGUGGCCAACCGUCAUGCGGCUGGUGCAAGCGUAAUGGCGUCUUCUGCGAAUAUCGCGAGCGCAAGAAACCCGGUCUGCGCGCUGGCUAUGGCCGAGAGCUGGAGCAGCGCCUCGACAAGCUUGAAGAGAUCCUUAGGUCACAUUCCGAAAUCAUCCAGACAACGCUCUCAGCCUACGCCGGCUCUUCGGCUGCCCACAAUGACCACCAUCACCCCCAGCAUCCAGCAGCCCCUCCCAGCGUGCGGACUAGCAAUACUAGUCUACCCAGCGAUCAUGGCACACCUCGUGACACAAGCAUGUUCCGGCCGCCCACUGGCGGCAUGACAGGUGAUCCCAUGCGGACUCCACAGGCGGAGACCGCAUUGUUUCUCCAGAAGCCCUCUUCGUAUGCGCAGGCAACGCAAGCCAUGGAUUUCGGAAUGCCCUCCAUACAUUCCAGCCACGACAGCUUACCAUCUCACCUCUCUAUUGCCGGCGUCUCUCCAACAAGCCAUAUGGGCAGCCUGCAACCCAGUGCCGCUACUCACGAGUACUACGGCACUGGUCAUUCUGCCCAUCAACAGCAACAGCAGCCGCAACAGCAAGCACUUUCAUCCUCAGGUAUCACCAUACCGCCAGGUCAAAGCCAAAUCUCUGCCGACCAGGACCUGCCACCAUACGACUUGCUCUACGCCCUAACAGAUCUCUAUUUCAAGCAUAUUAAUACCUGGUGCCCGAUUCUGCACAGGAAGUCGACAUUGGACUCUCUAUUUGGGCCCUCGACUCUAGACGAGACAGAUCGGGUGCUCUUGUACGCGAUCGUUGCUACAACACUCAGAUACUCGACUGAUCCCCGUCUAACAUCGGAGAGACGGCAACAUUACCACACGAUUUCCAAGCAAAAGGUCAUCCUUUAUGGCAUGGAACACUCAUCAGUAAAAAGCUUACAAGCCCUUGUCAUUUUGGCGCUCGACCUCUGUGGUGACAGCAACGGGCCGCCUGGUUGGAAUAUUAUGGCUUUGAUCACACGCUCAGUUGUCCAGCUUGGCUUGGCGGUCGAGAGCACAUCUUUCAUGGUGUCACCGAAUUUCACCUCGAUUUAUACUCUGCGUGCCAUGAUCUUGCCAGAGUCGAAGGAUUUCAUUGAAGACGAGUCACGGCGACGGUUGUUUUGGAUGGUUUACUUACUCGAUCGCUAUGCUACACUAGCAACGGCAUUCGAUUUUGCGUUGGAGGACAAGGAGAUUGAUCGCACAUUGCCCUGCCGAGACGACCUGUGGAUCAAGAACCAGAAAGUUGAGACCAGAUGGUUUCACUACGAGGGCGACCUUUCGGACCAGCCCGACCAUAACACGAACAAGCCUGAGAACUUGGGCGCCUUCUCAUACUACAUCGAGAUUCUAGGCAUCCUGGCCAGGAUUCACAAGUUCCUCAAGCAGCCAGUCGACAUUAGCGCACUUAGCGACGUCGAGCAAUGGCAGCUGCGAUAUAAAGAGCUCGACCAGCUCAUGACGAGCUGGAAGUUCGGCCUGCCUGGAGAAUAUGGCAACAUGGCCAAAUUGUUUCAGCCUGGCUUUAGCAAGACACUGAGCUGCGCGUGGGUGAUGCUACAUGCGACUUACCACACGGCCGUGAUGCGCCUGCACUCCUCAGCCGCAUACCCAACGACCAGGUCGCCUAUAUUUACUCCUUCGUACAGCGCCAGUCAGCGGUGCCAUGGAGCUGUCGAGAACGUUGUAGCGCUUGCGGAAGUCGUGGUCCAAAGCAACAUGCUACACAAGCUCGGCCCGCCCUUUGCCUUUACACUCUGGGUCUCUGCCCGAUUGCUGCUUGUGCAUGGGUCUACUGUAGAGCACACCGUUUCCCCGCGCAUUGCGUUCUUGGUCGAUACACUGAGAGAGAUGGGUCGGUAUUGGCCUGUGGCAGAUCGUUACUGCCGCUUGCUUCAGCGCGUGCUGGACGAGCACAACGACUUCGAGGCGUCAGUCAAUAGUCCUAGUGCGCACGGAAAAUCAGCGGGCAACGUCACUCACAACAACAGAGGCAUGGGUGGAAGUGGUGCAGCAGGGGACUCGCGCGACACGCCGUCAUCCGUCAAGAUCCUGGCGGAUAUGCGGCGUACGGCGUUCGACCUCGAUUUCCUGAUCAGUCGACAGCCACGCCACAUUGCAGGCGCUCCGAGCCGGCUGCCGAGCGUUACCCCUGUACGGACGCCGGCAUCAGCGGAGCUGGAGUACCUGGACGUCUUUGACUUCUUCAAUGUACCUCGGCUGCCUUUUGGUGGUAAUGGCCAUGGCAAUGGAGAGCACUCGUCAAGCGCAAACAACAACGGAGCCAACGGCAAUGGUGUCGCAGCAGAUGGUGAGGAUGCAGCUGGCCUGGACGGCAUCGCUGAAGCACCGUCAAGUGGGGGCAAUGACGGCAAGAAUCAGACCUCGGGCAGCUUGGCAAAUGAAUUCAAUAUCGUCAAUUUCACUAUGGACGUGGAGAGCGACUGGUUCAAGCAACAACCCUGA